GCCCGCAUCAAAACGGGCUGCAACAGCUGGCGCCGCAGCUGGCGUUUAUGGCCGGCGCGCCGCAGCCGCACCAUAAUCUAGCGCUGCCCGCAGCUGCGGCGGCGGCGGCGGCGGCCGGGCCCCAGGCGGGCGCCGCCUCCACCAACCCCAUCGACUUUGUUGCAGCAGCGGCGGCGGCGGCGGGCCUGCCCUCGUAUGCGGCGGCGCAGCCGACGGCGGCAGUUCCGCUUGCUGCGCAGGGCGGAGCGAGCGGCCUGGCUGCCGCCUCCGCGCCGCUGGCGCCGACGCCGCCGCCCGUCGGCGGACCGGGCGCACCUUUGAUCAGCGGCGCGCCGCCGCCCGCGCCGCCCUCAAUGCCGGCGCCUGCGGCGCAGGCGCCGCGGCCCGCUCUCGUGCAUGCCGGCGCGGGCGCCGCGCCCGCGCAGCUGCGGCUGGGCCCUGGCCCCUUCAACCCGCAGCAGGUGCCCAUCAGGGCCGGCACAGGCAUGCACCCUCCGCAACACUACCACUACCAGCACCAGCACCAGCACCACCACCACCACGCCGCUGCCGCCGCGGCAGCGGCGGCGCAGCACGGCGGCGGCGCCGCGGCGGCAGUCCCACCGGCGGAUGGGCUGCUGUCUGGAGACAUUGCGAAGCGGAUCGCGCUCUCCAUGGCGGGCUGGGCGCGCGGCCAGCA